AUGUUAGUGACGUUUGAGGUUGGAUCAACCAAUAAUUCCCAAGUACUACUGAGUCUCGCUGCUCGAGUGUUAUUGCUUUUGACAAUCUUCUUCUUUCUAUCACUAAGUAUUGUAUCCGGACGUGUCCUGUCUCAUCAAUACGUACUUCAAUGUAAACGUCUACCUUACACUCUUUCUUUGGCUUCUCCAAUUGAGACUCUUGAAGGAGUCACCCCAGCAGAUAAAAUACCCUAUUCUUCUGUACCUGAAGCUCCUGUUGCUUCUGUGAAUGUCGUAGGCGGCUCUGAGUCCGCUUUGAUGGAAGAAGAGGGAGCAGCAGCAGCUUCUACUGGCUUUGAAAUGAGACAGAGAUUCUUUCUCUUGCUCUUUAUGGCAUCAACACUUCGUGUCUGUUCUCUGGUCACAGAAGUGGUGAUGUUGGAGACAAUGACAGCUCUUCCGUCAACAUCCGUAUAUUGCAGACUAUUGGCACUGUUCCUGUGGCUACCGUCCAUGUUGUUUGCAUCCAUGAACAGCCUCGUGCUGCUCUUUUGGGCACAGCUGUGCUAUGCCUGUUGGGGCAAAGCAUAUCCAUGGCCAAGAAGAGUCUUUUUUCUGUUUAAUCUGCUCCUCUAUGUUGGCUUUGUGCUGCUGUGUGGGUUGACGACCACAUCAGCGGGACUUUGGAAAGGCUGUGACUUGUUGCAAGGAUGUGUCUACUUUGUGGGACUAUUUGUGAUCCUGUAUUAUAGCAUCCAGCUCAUUAAUUUCUUUCGUAAGCAAAGCCCCGAUGAAGAUUUCUUCUUUGACUUGUCGUCAGCGGCAAUUAGAAAUGGCAACGGUAUUACAGGACGCCAGGAAGUGUCGUCACUCUCCGUCUCGGCUGUUUCUCCCCGACAACUUGUACUUCGAAGGAUCACGGCUGUCUGCAUCCUGUUCUGCGUUUUGUUCACUGUGAAAGCGGUAUAUUUGAUCGGCAUAGGCACUGGCUAUAUGGAAUCGGAGGAGUCGCAGGAUCGCACUCCUUUAGUGCGCUACUACUUGUUUUCACGCGCCAGGACAAGGAUUCGUCAUCCCAUCGCCAACGUAUUCGCUCGUCAUCUGCAACCUCGGCAUCCGCUUCUUUGUUUGGCGGUAGCUACUGUUCGAACAACCAACGUGAUAAGCCCUCGACGCCCAAUUAUGCUUACGCGCCUAUUCGUGGUAUUACACCACGUCAACCCUGCCAGGAAGAUGUCAUUCCAAUGCUUUCGGGGUAUCAAUAUCAGGCAACACAACGAGCAUACGGGUCGGCUAGCAGCACAAUAUCGACCUCUACAGCAAACCUCUGCUCAAGCAACAUCAGUGGAGCUUACUUGCUCAACAGCAUUAGUGGAAGUGCAUUUGCCAGUGAAGGCUCCAACACGGACCUAA